AUGUAUCAGGACGGCGGCGGCAGAUUAGGACAGCUGCUCGAGGAAGUGUGGAAAGUCCUUCGCCAAAUGGGCGAGUCGGGCGCGACAGCCGUCGAGGUCGUCAGCGUCCACGGCCUUCAGGAGAUCACCGAGCCCCCCGAAGAGGACAUCCGCAUGGCCACCACAACGCCUGCGCCGCCCCCGAAGCGCCCACGCCCAUACACGUACCUCACGGUCCUGGAGGAGGAGCAGACGGAGCCCGACCCGCCCCCGAGGACGUGCGUGUGGGUGAGCGCGAGGAACACCCGCACGGGGACGUUCAUGAACCCCGUCAAGCUGCAGGGACUUCUUGGUCUGCACUCGCACGAGCUCGAGGAGGCGAUGAACCUGACGGUGCGGGUAGAGGACGCAGCUGCGGGAUUAGGCAGUUAUCAGCGGUGGGGGGCGGGGCAGGAUCCCCCAGGGGACCCCCCUCCCUCCCCUGGCCGCGAUCACUCUACGGCGACGUCCCUCGCCUCCACGGCCCUCCCGCUGCAGGUCGUAGACACAAACUCGACGUCGGUGGUGACGCCCCGCCUGAGCCGCCGCCAGCAGUGCCGCGGCCCCGCCCCCUCGCCCACGUCCUGCACGCCCGGCUCCUGCCUCAACGGGGGGCGCUGCGUGGGUCUCCCCAAUGACACGAGGUCUUCUGGUCGUUUUAAGUAUAUUAUGGAUUGUCGUGUGGUAUUCCUUGAUGCGGAUAAAGAGGAACCAAGAAAAGACUCUCCAUCGACACCCGCGCCCAUGGUCGCCGUUCAGCUGAUGGACGGGCGCCCGCAGGUGCUGGUCGAGGGCGAGGCAGGCUCCGUCAAGCUGGAGGUCAGCACCCCGCUGCACGACGGCGACUGGCACGUCAUCCACCUUCAGCUGGACUCUCGGGGCGUGGUCCUCAUGGUGGACAUGUGCGGGCGCGGCUGGGAGGAACGCGCCUCCGAGUCCCACUGCGUCGCGAGGGCGGCGUGGCCACGCGGGGGCGCCCUGGCCUCGUGGGCGAUGCCUGGGCCGAUGCAGCUGGGCGGCCUGGCGCACGACCUGCCCUCGGCCGAGGAGUUCGGCUGGAGCGAGGCGCCCACGACCCACCCGCUGGACGGCUGCGUCUCGCACCUCACCGUCAACGGUCAGCUGGUGGACCUGGGACAGCCGGCCUACACGCAUGGCAGCGUGAGCGGGUGCCGACCCCAGGACGCGGCGUGCCCGGGCAGAAGAACCGCUUGCGGGCUUCGGGGUGCGUGUGUGGGUGGCCUCUCGCGCCCGCGGUGUGAGUGUGAGCCAGGAUGGACAGGUCCUUCGUGCGCCACGCCCACGGUGCCGACCGCCCUCGGCUCCCUGUCAUACAUGAAGCUGGCCCUGUCCUUCGCGCCCCCGCCCACGCAACUAAGCGUGCAAUUGCGCGUGCGAACUCGAGGGCCCAAGGACGGCCUUCUGAUGCAGCUCUCCGCACAGCACCGCCAUGUUAUGUUCACGCUUCAGCUCCGCGCCGGGGUGGCGUGCGCCUCCGUGUCGGGGGCUGGAUGGGCGGCGCGGGCGGCGUGCGUGGAGGGGCGGCCCGUGGGCGACGGGGCUUGGCACACCGUCCGAGCGGAGCGCCACGGCCACAACCUGCUGGUGAGCGUGGACGACGGAGACGGCUGGCGGAGGAACGAGUCUCUUGUGACCCUGGAGGAGGGGGAGGAGGCCCAAGGGCGUAACGCGACGCCGCCCGCGCCUCUCCACGUCGACAAGCACGACGGGGUGACGCUCGGGGGCCUGCCGGAGUUCGUGGGCGUGUCCCUCAUCGCCGUUCGAGAUGACCUCAAGGAUACGUGCCUGGAUGAUGUUCGAGUCUCGGGCCGCCCCCUCCCCCUGCCCCCAUCUCUGAACGCGACCAAGUGGGGGCAAGUGACCACCUCAGAGCACCUGGGCCGCGGCUGCCCUGCCGGCGACCCCUGCGUAGAUACCAAGUGCCCUGCGCCGCUCCUCUGCACCAACACCUGGCGGCAGGCGACGUGCAGCUGCGGCGGCGGGCGGCAGCAGGUGGGCGGGUCGUGCCAGAAUGUGAAUGAGUGCACGUGGGCCCCGUGCCUCCACGACGGCACGUGCUACAACCUCCACCCGGGCUACCAGUGCGUGUGCGGCCCCGGCUACACGGGCGAGAACUGCCAGUGGGCUCACGACGGUUAUUCUGGGCUGCCGUUCUCUGCUCCAGCUGCCAUCGCCGCAGUCACGCUCUCGUUCUUGCUCCUGGUGGUGGUGGGCGUGGUGGUGUCCCUCCGCCUGCACCGGCACUGGAGGAGGCGAGAGCGCAGGGACGAGCCGCCGGGAGACACUAGCCCGGAGGAGGUCGCGAAGGGCGUGAAGGAGUGUCCGACCACGAGACUGGCGCAAGACGUGGAGCACGAGUCGUUCUUGGAGCGCCUGAAGAUCAAGGCUUCUCAAGCACAGCCUGCCUUACAAAAACCAGGCGAGAAAACCGAGGCACCGAAGGGAGGCAGCCCGUGUACUACCAUGGCCAGCAAAGUGACAGCGAAAGGAAUCUUAUGUGAAGGCAAGGGCAAGAACUCUGGCACUGUGCCGGAGCCUCUGCUGCCUCAGGACGACCUUCGCGCGUACGCUUAUGAGGGUGAUGGCUCCUCCGCGGGCUCUCUGGGGUCUGCUGUAUCAGGCCUUCGCUCGGAGGUAAGUGACGAAGGGGGUAUCAGACCCCUCGUCUCGGACUUCCUGGAGGUGAUGGACCUGCUGAGGAAUCUCCCGGACAAGGAGAAGACGUCGACGAGUGAUUCCAAGACUCCUGCAGGAGGCGAGGCCGUUAGAGGCAGUCCACCCGCGCCCACGCUCUCAAAAUCCCCGAGCAAACCUACGCCCUCACCUGCCACGAUGCGACAGUCGUCCCCAGGUAGCAGUGAAAUGACGACUGCCUGCUGAUCACCCCCUGAGACGAAAUGGUGCUUCUUGCGAUUUUCUCGUGACCAAUCCUGUAACGUGUAUGUGAACAGAAAAAAAAAUGUUUUGGUUGUAAAGUUACAUAAAAUGUAAUGGCGUAUCUAAAUUACAUUUUCUUCUUGGGAGAACUAUAAAGUGUGCGUAUGUGUUUGUGUACAAGGAUAUAUGCCUAUAUGUGUGUGUGUUUGUGUGUGUGUGAGUGUGUGUGUGUGUGUGUGUGUGUG